AUGAGCACUCCACCGGACCAGGCAGACAGGUCGUCGCCAGAAGUUGACCCACGCUCUUACCAUGAACAUUACCAUGCACUGCAGACUGGCUCCUAUACGGACCAGCAGCUGCGUCAUGCUUCCGCCAACCACCUGCACAUGACAAACCGGCGAUUCUUCGUUGGGCCAAUUCCGGAGGGCUGGCUGCAGGGACACCGCAAGUCCUGGUAUAAAUCCAGAUUGCGACUUAGGAAUUAUACAUCGCAGGCUAUCUCGUUCUCAGCAGGCCCCGUUGCGACUCAUUACAGCGGACAUGAUGACCAGACCGUACCAUCUUUACCGGAUUUGGAUGAAGAGGUUGCUUUGACACUCACGAAUACAAGUAACGCGGCCGCCGAACAAGAAAUCGACGAGUUCCAAGAAGAGGAACAAGAAGAACUUGCAGCCGAUCCUGUGGGGGAAUUGCGGACCCUCACCCAUCCCGAGGCCGAAGCCAGUGGCGAUGAUCCAUUACCGGAACAGAACACGGAGAAUGGGGAAAAUGCAUGGGGAGAUGGAGAGGAUGCAGAAGAUAGCGGGGAAGAUACAGAUAGCACCCCCAAAGCGAGAACAAGGGGCCAAGAUGAUGUUUACGGGCACGAGGAUGCUUCUUCUUCCUUUGUCACAGCCAGAGAAGAAAUUGCAAGCUCUGCAGAUACCGGUCAUUCAGUUGCUACCAUCAGAGCCAACGGGCGUGAAUUACCCGAUGCGCGCCCAAAGUCGCGGGGGUCACAUAUUACAUAUUCCACUGAUCAUGCUCCUCACAACUCAUUAACCCCCAACCCGUCCACGGGUCCAAGCGAGGCGGAUUCAACGACACAACUGCUACGAACGAACUUCAAGAAUAAAGGGAAGCAGAGAAGUAAGGCAUCCGAUGUGUCUCGAGCGACCCUGCAGCAACAGGAGCCCCAAGAUGAAGAUGAUAGUGGCGGAGAAGCGCAAAUCCAACGGAGACUCACCAGAAAGAUGGCAAAAUUGAAUCUUGAUGAUAACAUAAAAUACAAACAACAGCGGCUACGUACUCGGAUUGCAAGAACCCAGGGUACCAUAUCUGCAAAUCGGCCACACCGGCGGAAAGUGCAAGAUGGAGAGAUUGUCAAAGCGGAGAAAAUGUUGGUUUGCGUCGAGGAGACUGUGCAGGGUACUCUUCCCGCCGACUACACUGAGAAUGACAGCCUUCGCAUGGAAACGCGGACCGUGGACAAGUGGAGAGAGUUUCUCGUUGUGUGCCGCAAAAGCUCUGCGGAACAUGCACCGUUCGCUAUUCAGAUGUACCGCACCCGUGUUAUCCCCGACGUGCAACGACCAAACAGCAAAACUCCGCCCUAUUACGAAGUACGACUCAACCACAAAACAACCCAUGUUAACCUCUAUUCUCCUCUCGAUAAGACCAUCGUCAUUUGGUAUCCUCGCAGACAUGGGACCACAAUCUUCAUCCUCCGACCUAAGUCCGCAGCUCAUUCUGCGGAGUGGUAUACUUUCAUCCGCCAGGUUCUAGGAUGGCGACGUCCGACCUCACUUCCGAUCCAUGUUCCUGAUCUGGGUGUCUCGCUUGUUUUCAAGAACCCAUUCAUCCAGCGCGAGGCAGGCCUGAAGGCAGACAAUUCUGAUAACGAGCACACAGCAGCGGUCUUGGAUCGCCCAGCAGUUGAUGACAGGUUUGCUGCUGCAAACAUCAUUCGAGGAUGUAUGGAAAUGCUCGAGGGCCGUCCCGAGUGGGCUGAGGUGUUGAAAGCAUGGUCCAAGACCGAAAAGAUGGGACUUGCUUGGAAACGAUAUGACCGACUCGAAUGGGUCUUUGGAGUCAACGAAGAAAAGAUGUAUGGGUCCAUCGCGAUGCAGUCGUCUCACGAGCUUGAGUUACGGCCGAGACAUCACUAUUCAACCGCAAUUCGGCACCGCGGCGUCAAAGAAGACGAGCCAGCGCCAGUUGAAGGGUUUUUGAUUCGUCUUACAACUCAAAAGGGUGUACACCAACGGAUGAACAAGAUGUUUUUCAAGAGGCUGUAUUUCUUCACCCAUGAUCAUUAUUUGUUUUUCUGUCGACCAGCCAAGGCAUUACCACCUGCGCCGCCGAAAUGUGCCCCCAGGGAAGAUGCAAGUGUACCGUCUGCACGUGAGAUCUUGGAUGCCAUGCCGCUAUCUUGGGAUGUCAAUCCCUAUCCUCUACAGGACGGCGAGAUAGCAUGGCUCUCCAAUGGAAACAAGGAGUAUGUCAAACGACACGAUGAAGAAGCUUAUGCGCACGCACAGAGGAAUGUGCACAAUAUUAGCAGCGCAGACGGGUACAUUGAUAUGAUUCGGGUGAAAGAAGUGCGUAAUAUUUAUCGUGGCAGCAGCCCUGCGGAUUCCAACAUCCAGGAGGGGCCUGCUGUAGACUUUAAUCACGAACCUAGCGACUCUCGUCGAGACGACGGCGCAACCCAAGAGUUUGACCAUGAUCGAACAUUCGAAAUGGUCUUAGACAACGGCCUCGUGAUUCGGCUCCAAGCAUAUGAUGCAGUUACAAGGGACGAGUGGGUCAGGAGACUCGGCGCUCUGGUGGAGUAUUGGCGCGAACGCUGUGCAGAAGAUGCCAAGGAACACCGGCUUCUACGAAAACGCAACCUCCAACUGUUAGACAUCGACGAAGCCAUGGAAUCGGUUGUCGGGCAGUUCGCGAAGAAAUGGGAAGUAAAGAAGGCCGAAGCUUCGCCACACUUACAUAACAUGUGCUCGCUGACGGGUUGUCGAACUAUCAAGAUGUCCGGCCAUCUAUUCCGCAAGCCUCGCCGUCACACCACGUUUAGUCAAUGCCAUGUUAUACUCACAGCAGGAAAGUUGCUGAUAUUCAGCAGCACGCUGCGUAAACGCAGUGGCGCUGAGAUCCCACACAUUCACCAAGAACUCGAAGCUACUAUCGAGUUGGGGGAUUGCUACAUUUAUUCCGGGUUGAUCACUGAGAAUGAUUUGCUAUAUGCCAAUCAAACUUUUGACAGCAACAAUCCUGGCCUCCAUGCUCUCCCCCGAGUAUACCUCGAUUCAAAUACCUUCACAAGCCGCGACGAGGACAGUGCUAUUACUUUUGUGGUUUGGCAGCCUCUAAGUAAGAGCUACUUCCGAGCCCAGGAGGUGGGAGCGCAGGGUAAAGCCAAGCGUUCCCUGCGCCAUGUGUCCACUCUUGGCAAACAUGGUCGCACCAUUGUGUUCAAGGCACGCAGUCGUGUCGAGAAGGACCGAUGGGUGAUGAGUAUCUCUUCGGAGAUUGACCGUCUCCAGGAAGAGAAGCAUGAAGAUAUCCGACUUGUUUCUCCAUAA